UCUCGUCUUUUUACGGAAGCAGCAGUAAGCUCUAAGCUUCUGUUUAGACUUUAGUGAAGAAGACAAAAGUCUUCUCAUCCACCCUUCUGGGCCUUCUCCCUACAUGGCCUUAAUCGGUUUUAUUGUUGGGAUCUGAAUAAAGUUUUGGUCGUUUCAUUGAAGCUAACAAGCAUGGGCUCUGAUGCGGCCAAUGCAGACACGGAGCCAUUCGUGGAGGUUGAUCCCAGUGGCCGAUAUGGCCGGUAUAAUGAGCUUCUGGGCUCAGGAUCAGUGAAGAAAGUGUACAGGGCAUUCGAUCAAGAGGAAGGAAUAGAGGUGGCUUGGAACCAAGUGAAAUUGCAGAAAUUCUGUGAAGAUAAAGCUAUGAUUGAGAGGCUAUAUUCUGAGGUUAGGUUGCUGAGGACAUUAAAGAACAAGAAUAUUAUAGCCCUGUACUCUGUGUGGAGAGAUGAGGAAAAGAAAACAUUGAAUUUUAUCACUGAAGUUUGUACUUCUGGGAAUUUGAGGGAGUACAGGAAAAAGCAUAGGCAGGUUUCGUUGAAGGCAUUGAAGAAAUGGUCCAGGCAAAUUCUCAAGGGUUUGAACUAUUUGCAUACUCAUGAACCCUGUAUCAUUCAUCGAGAUCUGAAUUGCAGCAAUGUGUUCAUCAAUGGCAAUAUUGGACAGGUGAAGAUUGGUGAUUUGGGAUUGGCUGCAAUUGUGGGGAAGAGUCAUUGUGCACGUACAAUGGUUGGCACCCCAGAAUUCAUGGCCCCAGAGCUAUACGAGGAGGAUUACACCGAGUUGAUUGAUAUAUAUUCAUUUGGUAUGUGUGUGCUUGAGAUGGUAACCCUUGAAUUGCCCUACAGUGAGUGUGACAAUGUUGCAAAGAUAUACAAGAAGGUGAUGUCUGGGGUGAGACCUCAAGCCAUGGACAAGAUUAAGGACCCUGAGGUGAAGGCAUUCGUAGAGAAGUGCCUUGCAAAGCCAAGGGAUAGGCCCUCAGCUGCUGAUCUUCUCGAGGACUUGUUCUUUGAUGGGAUAGUUGACGAUGAUGACGAUAAUGCAGAGGAUAAUAUUCGUCUAUGAUGACUAUUGAUUAUAGAUGUAAAUGUUGGUUUUGCUAAGUCAGCAAGCAACCUUGUUGCAUUGUUUCUUCAGCUUUCCGCCCUUUUUGCCUCUGACUUAUUAGAGAGGCAUGGGGAGGAUCACAACUGGUUUUGGAUGAUUUGUUUUGAUAUUAACAAAGCUGUAGUUGCACAACCACACUAUUAUGUUAGUAUUAAGUUCAACAAAGACAAUGAGUAGGAUGUCGAGUUGUACAAGAAAGAACAUGACCAAAGAAUAAGUUGUUG